GCUGGUAAAAAGCCGUGAGAUGCAGAGAUGCUGGUCGUAAGGAUCAUCCGAAAGAGCACCACAAAAACCGAAAGUGAAGCAACCUCAUUCUCUGAUCCAAAGAUCGACCAUGGCUGACAAAGGACCCAACACCAAGGGACGGCAGAUCCCCAUCGUAUGCCCAGGCCACACGAGGCCUUUGGCAGAGCUCCAGUUCUGUCAUGUGAAGGAAGAAAACCGAACGCUUCUGGUGUCGGCUUGUCACGACAAGAUGCCCAUGAUGCGCGACGGGACUUCAGGUGAUUGGAUUGGAACUUUUGCCGGCCACAAGGGUGCUGUCUGGAGUUGCCAAUUGGAUUCGUCGGGGAGUCUUUGUGCCACCGCCAGCGGUGAUUUCAGUGUCCAGGUUUGGGACGCUAUUACUGGUCAAUCCUUGUGGCAGUUCCCUCACAAGCACAUUGUCAAGACGGUCGACUUUACACCCAAUUUGAAGCGACUGGCGUCGGGUGGACAUGAAGGUAUUGUACGAAUCUUUGAUCUCCAACAGGCCGCACAGCAGAAAAAGCUGGAUCCAGUGGCAGAAAUUCCCCAAAGUCCAGCCACCAAAAUCCUCAUUGCCAAAUGCAAAUGGUGGACCGAUUCCAUCUUGUUGACGGGAAGUUCCGAUGGAAAAAUUAGAUUUUGGGAUAUCCCCGAACAACAACAAACACUCCCGACGGAACCCACGGAUAUUUUGGAGACGGACGGAGCCGAAGUACGCGACAUGGAACUCACGAAAUUGCCCAACAAUGGAGGAGAUAUUUUGACAGUGGCGGCAGGAGACAAAGUCUACUUUUUCCAGUUGCAAGAAAAGAAACUAUUGCAUGUCUACAAAAUGCCCAUUCACUUUCGCGAGGAAGGAGGCGCCACAUUGCAUCCGGAUGGAACAAGGUUUGUAGCGGGAGGCAGUGACUUGUGGGUCCGUGUCUUUGACUUUGCCACCGGGAACGAAUUGGAAUGCAACAAAGGACAUCAUGGACCCAUUCGGUGUGUUAGGUAUUCACCCGAUGGAAAGCUCUACGCUAGUGGGUCGGAAGAUGGAACCAUUCGUCUCUGGAAGACGGAUCCAGAGGAGUAAAAGCACUCGCAAAUCAUUUCGGAUAAUGCAACCUGCUAUAAUACUCGAUUCGUAAGGUCGAACCGUGGGCGAAAAGAGCUUCAUUUGGCUCAAGCACCCUUCAGUUUUUUGGUGAACUUGGCAAUUCGGGGUUGCAAAAUCUGCUUAGCCGAUGUUGCUACCGUACAGGACUUGCGUUCUCUAGCUAGACUUAAUCAUUAGAUAGCACGAACCGUUGCUAUCAGCGCUAAAGAUAGCGUCAAUGUCAGCCGCUUCGGAUGACCAAUAGACAACCACUUCAUUCAAUUCAGACCGUUGAUCGAGGGACUUCCAGCUUUCAAAUGAAUGCUCCAUGUUGUGGGGCGCUUUUGUACAAUCAAG